GAGACGGAGGUUCAUUAUCUGUAUCAGUCGCGUAGUAUUCUUAGUGAAUAUUUAUGCAAUAAAGAGACACCUUGAUAGCGGAAAAGCCAGCUCAUUGGUGCUGAGAUGAUGACAGAUGCAGGCUUCGUUGAAAAACAAUGUCAAUAGUUGAACCCCAACUGACCUGUAUUACGGACAAGAACCUCCAGUGAGCUUGGGCUGAUUGAACUCCUCGUAGUUGAAGAUGUCGGGUGCGAACUUAAUGAGCAAGGUACGGUCCGCCUUCAAAAGGGAGCGCGACGACUGGGACCUGAGCGACACGGCGACCUUUGACUUUUCCGACGAACUUACCGAAGACGAGGCGCCGAAAUUCAACAAGUUGAAAGUGGUUGUUUCAGGGGAAAUGUCGGACUACUCCGCCGGCACUUCGUCAAAUGGGGUGACGGUGAACACCUUGGUCGUGGAUGACGACGACUCUCUACUGGGGUCGUCCUCUAGUUUAGGCAGCCCGGGCCUAAACAUGGACCCUUGUGACAGCUGCACCAAGAAGAGAGAGAGGAUCAAGCAGAGAAGAGUCAUGAAGAAGCUUGGCGUUGCAGCUGUGCUAUAUCUACUUUUCAUGAUAGGGGAGCUUGUAGGUGGUUACAUGGCAAACAGCUUAGCAAUUAUGACCGAUGCCUUGCACAUGCUCACUGACCUCGUGGGCAUUGUUGUUUCUCUGCUGGCCCUCUGGCUGUCUGCAAAACCCCCCACAAAGAGAUUCACCUUUGGACUGCAUCGCUUGGAGGUCGUGUCAGCAGGCAUCAGUGUGCUGCUGAUCUACGUUCUAACUGGGGUGUUGCUGAACGAGGCUGUCCAAAGGACCGUGCAUCAAGACUUUGACAUAGAUGGUGAUGUAAUGCUCAUUACUGCAGCUGUGGGAGUGGCUGUAAACCUUAUUAUGGGGUUCCUUCUUAACCAGGGUAGUCACCUUCAUGGCCAUUCUCACACCAGUGGCUCUGCUGCUGGUCACAGCUCUCCAACCACAGGGACAGGCCUGCAACAGAGGCCACACGGCAGCCUAGCUGUCAGGGCAGCCUUCAUCCACGCUCUGGGAGACCUAGUCCAGAGUGUUGGGGUGCUCAUUGCUGCCUACAUUGUCCGCUUCAAGCCAGAGUAUAAGGUGGCAGACCCCAUCUGUACUUACAUCUUUUCGUUUCUAGUACUCUUCACCACUCUCCGUAUCAUACGGGACACAGGGAUCAUUGUACUGGAGGGGGCACCCAGGCACCUGGACAUUCAGCAAAUCAAAGAGGAUUUGCUGAAGGUGGAGGAUGUCCAAUCAGUGGAUGAGCUGAAUGUUUGGGCACUGACUGCAGACAAGACUGCUGCCUUGGUGCACCUCCAGCUUGCACCCUCUAGUGCUAGUAAUUGGGAGGAUGUCCAGGCCAAAGCUCGUCACCUGAUGCUCCAUACCUACGGCAUCACCAGGUGUACAGUUCAGGUCCAGAUACAGAGACAGAGACUGGCACACAACUGUGCAAACUGCCAACCUCCCAGCGCUUGAAGAGACAUGCACCCGUGUGAAGUGAAACAGUUCAUGUUAUGGAGCCACCAAGUAGAGAAUAUGUAGAGGGUCCGCAUGGUACAACCACUAUUGCAACUCAGGGCAGUAGCCAGAGUCAUAACAUAUGCAAGUGGACAAAGUCAAACAUUUGUGCCAAAGGACAGUCAAUGGUGUUAUCCUUAACAGAUGGACAUUACUAUUUAAAGAAUGGCUUCCUCGUCUUUAAGCUUGCAAAAGCUUUUAGAAGAGUGGUUGAAUAUUACAUGUUAUACUGACAAAAAAAAAAUCCUCAUGCUCUUAAAUCACCAUUAAAGCCUAUGUCAGUUGUUUUAAAAACAAUGUUAUUUUUUACUCUACUAUUUGAUUGUUGACAACUGAUGUGACCUCAUCAGGUGUGAUUUUACUAUUUGGAACUGUAUGUUUUGUCUGUUGUCUUCCUAGGGUUAUCUUUUUUAAUUUUAGUAGGGAUUAUAGCACUUAUGACCUCAUGUCAAAUGUUCAUUUCUGAGAUGACAGAACAGCCUCACUCAUAACUGUUGUGUUACCGGCAGUGCAUCAUGUUUGGAUCUGGCAUUCGCCACAGUUCUCUCUGUGAACAUUUGAGCCAGUCCAAUCUCAACAGAUGCAUCAUGUGCUAUUUGCAUUCUUUUGCCAAAGGCCAUUAUAUGGUGCAUUCUGUCAAAAAUAUUUUUUUCGGUUGAAGUUGUCUGAAUUAGCUUUACUAUCAAAAUAUCUGACUUUAUUUUGUUGUUGCAUGUUUAUUAAGCAGUAAUUUAUUGUCGUGGAGGACAGGCAACUGACAAUCAAAGUGUGACUGACUUUGAUUAAUGCUGUACAUUGGUUUGAAAAGUUUUUUUAUGUUGUUUCAUCUGACUGUGCAUAAGAAACUAGCAUGUUUGCAACAUGCACUGUUGCAGUGAUUUCAUGAGCCACAAUGUUUUCCAAGUUUGCCAAUUGUAGUGUUUGUCUGGUUUUCUGAUGACAUAGUCAGGCUCUGGUCUGUCUCCGUGUGAAACCUCCUGUUGCAUUUGUUUUGAUAAUUAAGAGAAAAUUGGAAAAUGGAUCGCUCUGUUUUUUUGUUUUGUUUUUUGUGCUAAAACAUUGUAUUUGAGCUCUUCCUUUUCUGAACAUCCGUAUAAGUGGAUGACCUGAGGCUGUUAAUGUUUUUCUUUAUUUUGUAUGUAAACUGCAUGGUCUUGUCACCACUUCCAAGCUGGUGUCUCUCUACGUGUUUUCCCCCCAUAAUUUAUACAUUCCAAAUUAAAGCUUCCAUUAAAAUAUGCUAUUUUAUUUUCUUCUCUUGAAGUAGUUACUGUUGUAUGUGUAUGUUCCACCUUUACCCAAAAUUAUCAUGUGGGUGUGUUCUUCAGUCAUACUUUACUAAUCGCACAGUUGCCACUUUUUAAACGACAUUACCCAGUAACACUAACAUGCAUAUGAAGAAACUAUUGUUACAUUGAAAAUAAAGGAUGUGAUCACU